CCCCUCCUCAGUCAAGGUGCGGCAGAGGAACAGGUGUGCAACAAGGACCCCAGAGACUUGAUAAAUUCAAACAGAACCACUGUCGGCUUGAAUAUCAACAGACAUCGGAGGAAUAUCCGCAUAGAUAAUAAAAGAGGAGCUCACUUUUGGAAAGCGAACUUUGUUUUAAGAAACUAUAUUGUAAGGUGAGCGGGGGACCCGUACCGUCGCAGCAGGUGGACGUCGUCUUUUGUUGAUUCGAAGUCAACUCGUCGAAGAAAAAGAAGGUCAAGAAAUAGAAAUGGCCAACUCGAGUCUUCAGAUCUUGGGCUUCGCCCUGGCUCUUUUGGGCGUCAUUGGACUGAUAAUUGGUACCAUUUUGCCCCAGUGGAAGAUGUCCGCUUAUGUCGGGGACAACAUCAUCACAGCGGUGGCCAUGUAUGAAGGACUGUGGAUGUCCUGUGCGUUCCAGAGCACAGGCCAGAUCCAGUGCAAAGUGUACGACUCAAUCCUGCAGCUCAACAGUGCCCUCCAGGCAACUCGCGCCCUUAUGAUUGUGAGUAUCAUCGUAACAUUGGCUGGCCUGGGCGUUGCCUGCAUGGGAAUGAAGUGCACCAACUGUGGAGGAGAUGACAAAGUGCGCAAAAGCCGCAUUGCUAUGACUGGAGGAAUCAUCAUCUUGAUUGGAGCUUUGUGUUCCGUUGUUGCCUGCUCUUGGUACGCUCACGACAUCAUCCAAGCCUUCUACAACCCUUUCACCCCCGUCAACACCAAGUAUGAGUUCGGUUCUGCCAUCUUCAUUGCCUGGGCUGGAGCUUUCCUGGCUGUAGUCGGAGGUGCCAUGCUGGCAGCAUCCUGCCCGAAAAGCAAGCCAUCACCAAAGUAUCCCAUCUCCAACAGACCCCCAAGCAGCAGCAAGGAAUACGUUUGAGGCUGAAGGAACACUUUGACAUUCUUGCUAGUUGAGUUCAGAGAUUCAAGCAUUUGAAAAAAAAUGUAUCCCAGGAGGCAAUCAGUACCUGUGUAUUUUUUUUAUUAUUAUUUUUGUUUCUACGGGGAUACCCAGUCAUGUUACUGUAAUAUUAUUAUUUCAGCAAACUCAUUAAAGUUUUAAGUAACAGUUUACUUAUAAGAAAGACCUUACUGGCCCUGCCAUGUCUAGAACUGAAGCCAGUGCUUGCUUAUGUAAUGUGUAAUAUACUAUCUACAUAGCUGACACCUGUAAAGCACUAAGUUAAAGUACUUUGUGUGUUUCAACAUGCCGAAUGGUGCAGUCCAUUCAGAUGUACAGUGUAGGGAGCAUGAUUUGAAUGCACUGAAUAGAAAUGACACAUGGCAAUGGGUGCGUUUUGAACCCAUUUUACAGCUGUGUAGGCCGAACACUUAACAGCUGACUUCAAAAGCAGUUCACUACCAUUAUUUCCACGUAUUUGUGCCUUAUUUAAACAAACACAAAAAAAUCAUCCAGUAGCCCUGCAGAUGUUUUUCAGGUGCCAGAGUUAAACUGUAACUUUAAAUGGAAAAUAUACUGAUUUCUCUAACUCAGAUUGCCAAUAUUUUUUGCUGACCGACAAAUGUUGUGACCUGUUUGUUGGUUUGCUCUGUUUGUGUGAAUGGGCUUGACUUGUACAUGUUGUUUUUCUAGUUGCAAUAGCUGUUGCACUCGUCAAAUAUUCAGUUUUUUAAAAACUUUUUAAAUUGUGAUUUGUUUGUGUUGUACAUAAAAUAAAUGUGGAAAAUCUA